UUGAAAUAUAUCUAUCAUGUGAGUAACUUAAUUUGUAUAAAAUAAUUUUUGUUUGAUUAAUAAAUAUAAUUCAAAUAUAUUAAGUAAAAUAUAUAUUAUUUAAACCCCGUCGAUAAACACUUCGGUAAUAGCUCGUUAAUCGUAUGAAGUUACUUUUGAUAUAAUGGUACGUAAAAUAAUAUUCCAAGUCGUUUAUUUCUUUGUUUUCUUUUAUCAGCUAAAAUGUGAAUUGACAUUACACACGCAACAAAAACGCAAUGCCCAUUUCAUAAAAUUGUUAAAUGAUAUACCUGGACCAGAAUAUUUAUUACUUGAGAAUACAGAGCUACAAAAUUUUCUUGUAAGUAAUAAAAAUAAUGAAACAUUUUUGAUUUGGGAUGAACUAAAAAUUAAACAGAAAAUGUGGAAAUUAGGAUGUAUGUACACAGAACUUUCACUUUAUAUAAUGUACCACCUAAAUUUUGUGAAUGAAAAUAGAAACCCUAUUGAAAGUGAACACCUAGAUCUAUUUCAGAAUAUUUUGCAUCGAAUGAUAUCGAUAUACUAUUAUACAUUAGGCAAUGCUACAAAAAGCAUUUGGUUAACAUCAAUUACAAUAGAUGCAUUAAUUUACAGAAAAAUGUCACUCCAAGAAAUCAAAUUCGAUUAUUUCAUAAAUAUAAUUUAUCAAAGUUGUAUAGAUUGCGUUCAAAAUCAUCAUUUACGAGAAAUGCCUAUGCAAUAUAGGAGUUGUUCACUUCUUAAUAUGAUACGCGAAAUAUCAAUACAUUUAAAAUUGUGCUCCGGUUAUCAUCCUGAUACGUUUAACGAAAUUUAUCAGUAUGUAGAUGUAUCAAACGUUUAUAGUUUUUUUUGGAAUAACCGUGAUGGUUUUCAGCAUUUCAUUCCAACAAUAUUUGAACAUUACAAUAAAACUCAUAUAGAAAAAAUAUAUAGGAAAGUGUGUAAUUUAUGGAAACAUGAUUAUUUUAUAUUGUUGUCAUAUACUGAGGCUAUAAAAAAAAAUUUGUUAUUGGGGACUUAUUAUAUUUUGGCUCGGCACUGUCUUUAUCUUACUGAUUACCUUACAAAAGAUAUUACCAGUGUAAUUUCUAAUAGAGAACAAUUUUUGUACUUGUUUAAAAUUCCAUUAAACAUAUUAAAUGAAAUAGGUGUCUUUUUAAGUGAAACGUUUCGUGCACCAUUCAAAAGCAUUUUAAAUAAUAUGAAAGAAGAUAGAAUAUCCACCAUGGAAUCAUUAAUGAUAUAUACCGAUAAUGUCAUAGACAAUUUUAAUAAACUAUCAGUGAGUAUUAUGGUUGCACAACUUAAGUUCACUGACUAUAAUUAUUACGAAUCAACAAAUUACCCAUAUAAUUAUACGAUUGCAAAAAAUCAAUUAUUGUCAUUUGCGGAUAAUCUGCAAAAUUAUUUUAAUGCUGUAAAACGUGGUAUGGCACCUGUUGAUUUUACUAUUUUAAGAGUAUUCGCGUUAAAUGUUAAAUAUAGUUAAUGAACUAAAUUUAUUUAUUACUUAAAAUAUAAGAAGUUGUGAAUUUAAUUUAUA